CUUGGCACAUGCUGCCCCGGUCUCAUAGAUUCUACGACACGAUCCUUCCGAGCCUGUGACUUCUAGAAGAAAAUUUGAUCUUGUUUUGCUGAUAUUUAUCAAUAAUGUGGAAAAGUACUAGUGCAGUGUAAUUUCUGCAUCGAAGACACAAAGAGGUAACAAGCUAGCUGGGGAUGUUAUUUGGAUUUUUGGUCAUACCUCUUCUUCCUUUUCUGUUUGCCGAAAAAGACAUCUCACCGCCUUUGGCGGAGCCCUGGAUAGCUUCGACCACUGUUCCUGGUGACAUCAUCAUCGGAGGUUUGUUCCCUGUGCACGAAAAAGGCGAGAAAACAGCAUGCGGCCACAAAAUCUACCACCGAGGCAUCCAAAGAAUGGAGGCCAUGAUGUUCGCCAUCGACCGAAUAAACGCAGAUUCCUCUAUAUUACCUAAUAUCACAAUCGGCGCACACAUCAUAGACACCUGCUCCAGAGAUACAUACGCACUGAAUCAAUCUCUUCAAUUCGUAAGAGCCUCUGCACUGAACAACAUAGACACAUCCAGUUUCGAAUGCCAAGACCACUCAAUUCCGAGACCUCGAAACAACUACUCAGGUCCAGUUUUUGGAGUAGUCGGAGGAAGCUACAGCUCGGUGUCCCUUCAAGUCGCCAAUCUUCUGGGCUUGUUUCGUAUACCUCAAAUAUCUCCAGCAUCAACGGCCAAAGCACUGAGCGACAAAAGUAGAUUUAAGUACUUUGCCAGGACUGUACCACCAGACACGUUCCAAUCUAGUGCUCUAGUUGAUAUUGUUAAAAGUGUAAACUGGUCGUAUGUGUCUACCGUUUAUUCAGAGGGGUCGUAUGGCGAAUAUGGCAUAGAAGUAUUUCAUAGAGAAGCUCAAGAACGCAACGUGUGCAUUGCGACAGCGGAAAAAGUUCCUAGUACUGCAGAUGAGAGAGAAUUUGAUAACAUUAUUAAUAAGCUCAAGAAAAAGGUCAAUGCAAGAGGUGUGGUGCUGUUCACCAGAGCAGAAGAUGCCAGGAGACUACUAAUGGCUGCUAAACGUGGAAAUGCCAGCAGCCAUUUCUAUUGGGUUGCGAGCGAUGGUUGGGGCAAACAGCAGAAACUGGUAGAGAGCCUAGAAGAGGUAGCUGAGGGUGCCAUAACAGUAGAGUUACAAUCCACCAACAUUCCAGAGUUCGACGCGUAUAUGACAUCUCUUACUCCUGAGGAAAACAAGAGGAAUCCGUGGUUCGAACAGUAUUGGGAAGAUUUUUUCCAGUGUACCUUGCAGAAUAACUUGCCAUUAGAAACAAAUGUCACCUUCAACGUAUGCAAUGAAGAUCUAAGAUUGAGACCUGAAUAUGGAUACGAGCAAGAAAGCAAAGUCCAAUUUGUCGUGGAUGCAGUGUAUGCAUUUGCACUUGCACUAGACAGGUUAUACAAGGAUAAGUGUUACGAAUUUGACCAACCAGGGGUUUGCCCAGCCAUGACGCAGUAUGAUGGAGGAGAUUUUUAUCAGACAUACAUCCUAAAUUUGAAUUUUACCGAUUUGGUUGGCAGCCCUGUUAAAUUUGAUAAAAGCGGCGAUGGUCUUGCCCGCUACGAUAUCCUAAAUUAUCAGCGUUUACCCAAUUCGUCAGGUUAUCAUUAUAAGGUUGUCGGUAAAUGGUUCAACUUCCUGGAAUUAAAUCAGGAGUUCUUAAUAUUCGAUCAUAAUCUAACUACGACUCCGGUUUCUGCUUGCUCGCUCCCUUGUGAAGUUGGAAUGAUAAAAAAGCAACAAGGCGACACGUGCUGCUGGAUAUGCGACAAAUGCGAAGAAUACGAAUACGUUUUUGACGAGUUUACUUGCAGCGACUGCGGUCCAGGUUAUUGGCCAUAUCCUGAUAAAACGUCCUGUUAUCAACUGGAGCUACAAUAUAUGCGCUGGGAUUCCGUUUACGCCAUUGUACCCACGGCAUUUUCGUGUUUGGGAAUUGUUGGAACUUUUGCGGUUAUCGGUUUGUUCAUCAAGCACAACGAUACGCCACUGGUUCGUGCAUCGGGUCGUGAGUUAAGCUACAUGUUGCUCUUCGGCAUAUUACUCUGCUACUUAAACACAUUCGCGCUACUCGCCAAACCCUCUACCGUGGUAUGCAUUACUCAAAGAUUCGGUGUCGGUGUCGGUUUCUCGAUAAUCUACGGGGCACUACUCACAAAGACUAACCGUAUAUCUCGGAUAUUCGAUUCGGCAUCGAAAUCGGCAAAGAGACCCAGCUACAUCAGCCCAAAAUCCCAAGUGUGCAUCACCUGCUCUUUGAUUGCCGUCCAAGUGAUACUUACUUUGGUUUGGAUGAUUAUUGAACCACCUGGCACCAGAUACUAUUAUCCUACCAGAAGAACGGUUAUAUUGAAAUGCAAAAUUCAAGACAUGUCGUUCCUGUUUUCCCAACUUUACAAUAUGCUCCUUAUUACUAUCUGCACGGUUUACGCGGUAAAAACAAGGAAAAUUCCGGAAAAUUUUAACGAAUCUAAAUUCAUUGGCUUCACGAUGUACACGACCUGUGUUAUAUGGCUGGCCUUCAUCCCCAUUUAUUUUGGCACUGGAAAUGCUUAUCAGACACAAAUCACUACGCUAUGUGUGGCCACCAGUAUGAAUGCCACCGUUGCCCUUGUGUGCUUGUAUUCGCCCAAAGUCUACAUCAUUGUAUUCCAUCCGGACAAAAACGUCAGGAAGUUGACAAUGAAUAGUGCAGCCUAUAAGAAAUAUAACGCCCAACCAUCAACUUCUUAUGCUACGUCAUCUAUUUCAACUAGGGGAACACCAGGUGAGAAUAUACCUAUGGAACGCGUUGGAGCUGCAACUCCAUCAAGAAGUUCAUGUGCCGGUGUCCAAACUGACCCUCAAGAAUCUGCCGAGCCAUCUGAUGCUAUAUCACUACUCUGAGAAUUAAAGAAGACCGAGCCGGAAAAAAAGAAAAAAGAAAUGACGGUUGUUUUCUCCGAUGACCACAAUACUCUGGAUUAAUGUAUGUAUUAAAUAUAUAUGUAAUAGAGUCUUUUAGAAAACAAUAACAGUAUAACUAUUAUCUUACGACUGAAUAUUUGAACACUGACAAUUUUUCAUAUUUAGUUUCGACUGCUAAAUCUACAUUCUUCCUGAUAACAGUGAUAACUUUAAGAAGGAAAUUCAAGACAUGUCUAGAUCAAAUUGUGAUUCGAUCAGUAAAAAUUCCUUGAAAUUAUUUUUAUAUUUACAAUAUUAAUUUACAAUACUCGAUAGAAUCACAUUUGCGAAGACUUAUUUUUAGUGGUUUGAAAAAUCUUCAUAAAAAUAUAAGGCCGAUUAAUAAUGAGAUAUGAAACGAUUAUAUCAUACAGACUCCUAAUAAUUUGACUCGUGUUAGUUUCAACCUUAAGCUAAGUUAACGUAAGGUCGAGAAUAAUUAUGCAAUAGCAAAGUGUCAUAUAUACUAAUCGGCCUUAUUGGAUAAAGUAGAGUGAAUUACGUGAAAAUGUGUGAUAAUAUACAGGGUUUUUUCACCUAACCUGUUCGUUAAAAUAUUAUUAUUAUUAUUAUUUGUUAAUGUUAUUUAUUAUUUAUUCAAUCUACUGGUUGUGUGAGAAAGCUGUAUGUACCUAGCUCUAAAUAUUUUCAAAAGGGCAUGAAACUAGUCAUAACUAUCGGAGAUUCAAAAAUUAGUAGUUGAAAUUGUUUAAAACAUUACAUCGCAACGUUUUAAACAUUUCAAAAACAUGUUGCUGUUUAUGGUAUAUAUAUAAAAACUUCAUUUGCAUUUAUUAUGCAAUCUUUUAUUUUUAUUAUAGCUUUAAGAAUUGAUAAAGAAAAUGGUGUUAAUUAAUUGAUCUGGAAUAUAUAAUUAUGAAAAAACAAUGUACAGCUCGUCAAAUAUAUAAUAAUACAAUAUACAUAAUUACUUGUUACAGUUAUAUAAUGGAAUUCAUCAAUAUACUGAACAGGCUGGCAUGUUGCUAUUCCAAGAUGAUAACUCCUCCUUGAAUAAAUCUUUUUUUGGAAUACUUUUUAUUUUUUAAAUUUCCAAAGGUUUUUUUUAUAAUAUAGACUUUAACAUAAAAUCCAAGAAAAUGUUUCUUACAUUAGCUACUGCGCUUUGUGAGAAAAACGUUAUGCUGCGAGCGCACAUGCGGUAGUCGGCGAUUUCCGAGCACUCGUCAACUACCGAGCGCUCGUCAUCGGACUUCGCCUUUCCGUCCACACAUGCGGGCAUCGCAUGGCCGAGCUCUGAUCGGAAGGGUCUAUCAUGUGGCAUGUGUGACACAUUGGCCUGCAUGUGUGGACGAAAAGACGAAGUCCGAUGACGAGCGCUCGGAAAUCGCCGAUUGCAUGUGCGGUCGCGGUAUUUAUUUGACGAGCUGUAAGGUUAUAGAAUGUUGAUACUCUCUAAUAAUAUAUUUUAUCAAAAACAUACUAUAUAAUUGAGAUUGUUUUUUAAAACCCUUUGACAGGAGACUCGAAAUCUAUCCAUGUUGUAGGUUAAAUAAAACCUCAAAGGUAUAUCCAUUUUACAAUUAUUUUUUUGAAUACGGAUGCGUACUUCAUAAAUAUUAGUAAAAUUUAUGUUGGCAUGUAAAUACAUCGUACCUGCUAAUUUAAAUAUAUUUUUUAAUAUAAGUAUGACAAAAAAAUUGUGUAAGAUAUGCUCAAGCCUAUAAAUGGGUGUACAACAUUUAUCGAUUUAUUUUAUAUAAUUUCUUAUUUUUUGUGUAUUUUUUUCUUGUAUAUUAAUUAUACCUUACCAUUCUUACAAAGUAUAGCAACGGGUUAUUUAAAUACUCUUAAUUACUUUUUAAUUUUAAUAUAUUUUUGUCUUCUUAAUUUUGAUACAAAACGAUCUCUAUAUCUAUCAAAUAUAUCUAUCAAAUAAUUGGAAGGUAGAUAAUUUUUAUUCGUGUUUAUAAUAUAUGUAAAUAUCAAGUUACUUUUUGUCUAUUCAACUGCAAAAAAAGGAUAAAUGUAAAAUGCUCAAAUAUCUUUUAUUAUAAUUAAAUAGAUUUUUGUUUAAUUUAUCAUGAAGUUUCUCGACAUAUCUACUAAUAACUACUCACUGAAGGGCGACAAUGGACUUAAAACGUUUAAACGUUGGACGUUAAAAAUCAAAAAGCGUUUGAUGCAAGAUGCAACUUAUGUCUCCAGCUGUUAAACGCAGGGUGUAUUAUUAAUUAUCCCUGGGUUACAUAUAAUAAUAAAUGCUGACAAUUAAUGCAGUUUAAUCGAAAGUAGAGGAAAAAAAUUCGCAAAAUGAAAUAACAAUAAAAAAAUACUAAAAAAAUACUAUAUAAAUAUUUCAUGAAACUGAACAAAAUUAUUUUGAACGACACGCAAAAAAUUAAGCCUUAAAUAAUGCAUAAUAUAGCCCUCUCGGCUCCUUAUAUAUUUAAGAUGAAAAUUCCCUAAAGUUCUAUUUUAGAAUAAUAGAUUGCAUCCUAUUCUCACAUUUACGCAAGGAAGUUGUAGAAGUUACAAAAGAUAAGAGUGAGAAAAUCAUAAUUUUGCCUUUAUUAUUUCUCUCUACUCCUACAGAGAAAAAAACCGAAAUGUAAUUAAAUGUUCUGUUUUUAAAUUGUUUUUAUUUAUUAUAAAAAAUGGGAAUUAAAUUAACUAAUAAAACUUAAAAUACUAAAAAGUCUAUCACUAGGUGAAAAGUCAUCACCCUAAAAUUAACGUGGAAUCUUUUUUAGCGUAUUUUUUCAAAUAUUAACAGAGAAAUACUAUGACAUAGAAAACCACUAUAAGCCGGUGGAAGACUUUAUUUCAUCUAUCUACAGUGUAUUUUUGCAAGGGUAAAUAUUAGGUCUUAUAAUCUCAUUUAUACUGCUAGGGUCUGACGAUCAGUUUUCCUUGACACGGUCUUUCCAUAUAUUCAGAGAAAAAAAAAGGAAAAUUUUAUUUAUAGACUUUGAUAGGAAAAAAAGGAGAAGUUUGAUCUUGACGUAAGGUUCAAUAGAAAGAACUUUUAUUUAUACAGAGAAUAAAAUUUUGGCAAACUUGCAUACCAAAGGACACCUAAAAAUGUUAUCAAAUAAUAUUCACGUUCAUGUGGAUAGGAUAGCUUUUUGUAAAAAAAAUCUUCUACAUUUUUAUACAGGGUGAGUCUUUUUGAAAAUUUGGAUUUUUUUGAAAAAAAAAUUAGAAUUUUUUUAAUUUUUAGUUAAAAAAUAUAUCUUCAUUAUAUGGCAACAUAGUAGAUUAAAUUUAAAAGAAGGAAACCCCAGAAAAGAUCCAGCAGUAGAAAGUAGUAGAAAAGCAGUACUUAUACAGAAAAAUCAUUCUUUUUGAAAAGUAUGUCGAGAAACCGUAAAUACAAAAAUAAAGCAAUAAGAGAUGUAAACCAUAUUUCGUAUUGCUCAAGUAAACAAGAAUCACUAUUACAGUAACAAAAAUGCUUGUAUUUUCUAAGUUAUUCGAUAGAUUUUUAUUUAAUUAGGUCUAAGUUUGAAUUCCGUUCCUAUACUUAAGUAUAUAAGUCAUAAUUUGUGUGGAUAUGAUGCAACAAAACAUUCCUUUCAAACGAAAUACUCCCAUUCUAUAAGUUAAAUAAAUAAAAUAAAUAAAGAUGAAUUUAUGACAGUAAUAUAUUGGUAUACUAUGUACUUGCUGUAUGUGAUUAAUAAAAAUAUAUUUAAUGAGAAGAUGAAGAUGAAGAGAAUGUUUAUUUACUGGAAACUAUAAAAAUAAAAAUUUAACAAUAACCAAAUGAUUUCCUGUAAACGUCAAUCAGUGUACUCUGUUCUCUAUUAAUCUAUGCAAAAUUUUAUUGGAACAGUUGAUAUGGAAAUUACCCAUAGCCGUUUUUUCUCUAGUGGAAAAACAAAAUGCCCCAACAAAGCAUUUUUUAAUAAUAAAGCAUGAACUGUACUAAAAAUUGGCAGAUUGUGCAAUAUAAUCUGGAAUAUAUUUUCAUAAGGUUAAAGAUAUUAAAGAUAUAAAUUUUACGUUAAGCUAUAAUUGAGCAUAUAAAAAUGCAGAGAAUCUUUCACCUUAUUAUGAAACAUAAGUGUGUUGUUAUUGUUGUCAAUUAAAAUAUAUAAAUUUCUUUGAAUUUAAACUCUCUCCAUAUCUGAGUAAUGAUGAUUCAAACUUUCAUUGUUUAAAACGUGUGCUAUGUAGAAGUCUCCUAGCGUUGACAUAUUAAAUCUUACUUUCUUUCCAGAGAGCGCUCUUGCUUUGCUAAGUCCCUUGUAUAAUACGUUAGUAAAACCCAACUAUUACUGAUAUGAUAUACUAAAAGAUCUGACUUUGCAUAUCAUACUUUACGAUAAAAUUCAAUGAAACAAAGUUUAAAAAAGAAUCUUAAACCUAAGAUUACAGCUAUCUUUUCAAAUGGUGAUACCUCAGCGACAUCAUCGCUUCUCCCAAUUUGGAAACCAUCCAAUAACUUGUGAGAGUUUACUAGUGAUACUUGUCAUCAAUCCAAAAUUACGUGUUAACACCUAACUGCUGAUAAUUUUGACCAGUGUUUGAACUAUCAGUACUCAGUUACUAACGUGUCUACACACAGGCUAGUAUUUUGAAGCUGAACAGUUAACAUGUUUAUCCAACAGAAAUGUUAAUCAACAACUAAUCGUUAAAAAAUAAAUCAAAGUGGUACCAAUAUUCAGACACCUGUACUAGUGUACUAGUCACAAAAUACAGUGGAUGAAAUUAGGAAGUUUAUUGAAUUUAUUUAAUCUGCAUUUACAUCUAAUAUCUAGUGAUAAAACUGUUCUGCUUUAUUAAUAUAUUUCCUUAAACGUGUGUAGCCGCCAUAUAUAAGAUCUAUCAAUAUCUUUCAAUGUUUUCUUCAUUGUGUCAUUUCAAAGUUUAAUAAAUGUCUCAAUAAUUGUUUGACUGUCUCAAAAAUCAGUAUUGAUAUUUAUUGAUGUAAUUUACACGCUUAUGAAUAUGAUAUUAUUGGUGUAUGUCCGUAUCUUAUCGACACACAAAACAUAGAGCAUUUAUAUUUACAUGAUGGAAAAUACAUGUCAAUUUAAUAUCAGUCUGAAUUAAUUUCCUGUAUUGGGUGGUGAUGACAUAACUCUCCCAUUAGCAGUAUCAACCAACCAGACUUUCGUUUGUAGAGGGUGUCCCAAAUUUAAUUGGCACAACAGAAAUGAUUAAUUGGUAAUAUUCGACAAUGAUUUUAUGUUUUUUGAAUUGAUAAGAUAGCAAUAUAAUACCCCCAUUCCAGAAUAGACUACCUAUAUAUGUGUAUAUAAAUGGAGCUUCAAAUAUAAGUGUGUGUUUAGAUGAGUAUUAAAGUGUUAAGAUAAAUUCUAAAUAAAUGUAUAUAUACAGGAUGGUUCCUUUUUAUGAAUUUAUGACUCAAUUUUAGAAUUGCUUACGUGAAGAAAUGUAAAGCAAGUGAUAAUGGCCCCAUCCUGUGUACGAUGUAAAUAUUUUAUAAUUAAUGAAACAUAUCAAUUUUAAUUAUUUUUAGAAAGCUAAAUUCUGACUGUAAGAAAAUGUAUAUAUAACUGAAAUUAUGUAUCAAUUAUUUUUUGGAGAUUAGUUACCUUACAAAUGUCAAAAAAAUAUUUUAUUAACAUUAAAAUAUCAAAUAAAACAAAAUUUAAAUGACAAACAAAUUAUUAUUAAAUUGAUAUUAUUUUUGGUUCUAAUAUUAUAACUUGAAAGUGUCAAAUGUACCUUCUGCUUAGGUAUAAGUGAAGUGUAAAAGCUUCAAUUCAAUAUCAAAUGUUAGAUGUCUUGGUUUAAAAUGUUCGUUAAGAACUAGUAAUAAUAAUUAAGAAUGGUAAUAUUUUACUGAUUCUGUUUUCCUUCAAUUAUUGUGUUACUUUCUGCGAUAGACAUUUGUCAGUAUUAAUGAAGUACCUAAAACUAGAUAUAAGAAAAAAAUAUAUAGUAACAAUUACCAAAGUUUUUAAGUUUACCAAUUUUUCGCUAUGGAAAAACAUGAUUUUUUUUAGUUUUAACCUAAAAAUAUAAUAUGUCCAUCCAAUAUUAUGAUAUAUUUGUAACAUAACAUAAUAUGAAUGACUAUAUGUAAUUGCCGUUAGAUACAGGUCUAAUUUUUAUGAGCACUGAAUAAAAUUUUUUAUAUAAAAAAAAUAAAAAGGUAUAGCAAACUGCUAUAAUUAGGUACACUAUAUCUAAUUCUUAAUCAAAUGGUAUUAGAAGUAAAUAUAUAUCUUAUUCAGAAAAGAAAAAUAUUUCCAGGAUAUUUCAGUGCUCUUAAUAAACAUCAUCUCUGUGCUUAUCUAAAUAAAUGUUAUUAAAAUAU